CGAAUUUGUGAGACAUCUCUAUAAUCAACAUAUCAAAUUGUGGCUCUAAUACCACUUGUUAGGAAUAAACGAGAAAUAUUGAACACCCACAUAAAGCUACUAUAUUUAACGUGGUUCUGUCAAUAUGACCUACAUCCACAUGGCAGGAACGAGUAUUCUAAAAUAGAUAAACAGUACUGUGGUACUAUCGAGACUGACAAAAGACCACUCAAUUAAAUCUUAGUUAGCAUUCGCACUUAUUUAUAGACUGAGAAUCAGACAUCAAAUCCUAAUGGGUUAUGCCCAUCCAUUUUUAGGUCCAAAUGAAUGUCAACCAAUCGUAAGAUCAUGUAAUUGCUUCUAGAAUCUUCAACCUUGAGAGAAUGUGCAUGACCUCCUGCCAUUUACCUAGGCGACGCAUUUGGAAAGUUCUGGCACGCAUCUGGGAGCGCAAUCUCCAUAGCUUUGGUGCAUCCUCCAAGUUCUGAGCACAUUUGACCAUGCCGCACAAUGCAUUUGGAAAAGCUCCAUGUUCCAGCCCGUUAGUCUGCCUCCGAUGCAUUUUUCUGUAGCAUAUUUGGUAAUGCUUCAGCGCAAUUGGCCAAAUGCUCCAAUGUGUUACCAAAAGCUCCAACGCAUUCGGGGCUUUAAUGCUCAAGUCACAUUUAACAAUUAUUUAAUGUUUUACAUUGUUAUUGGGUAUGCAAAUAGUUAUUUAUUUCGCUUGAAUUAUUAUCAUAAUAUUUUGCUUAACGUUUGAACUUGAAGGUUAUCGACUUAUAACACAUUGAUAUGCCCCUUCACACCAACCUCUACCUAUAUGUACAUUGAUAAUCCACCAGGUCAAAAUGUGGAUUUGUUUCAUUCACAUACAAUUGGGAAAUACUCAACUGAGCACACACACACACACACACGAAAGGAAACGCACAAAUACAAGUGGUUCUUAGUUGCUAAGAUUGUGCGGUGUACCAGUACCAAACACCAUGGUGAGGUGAGGUGUCACUACGAUGGUGCGGUUAGGUCCCUUGCGCAAGAAGAAUACACCGUGCCUCUUUCUCUUUUUCAUGCUUCAUACAGUACUAUUAUUAGUACAUUGAGAGGUGAUCAUCUCCUAUUAAUGAAAAAGUGAAAGGUUAGGGUAAAAUAUCGUGGCGAUGAAGUUUUGAGGAAAACGUGAGUUGAUUACGGCGAAGUUGUGACAGGGUAUGUGUUUGUAGUAACAUCAAAGUAUUCCUACAAGGGUAUUAUUGUCUAUUAAUAUUUUCUUUUCAUUAGAAAGAUUUAAAAUAACAAAAAAUUAUUUUAAAACUGUUAAAAGAAUUGAGCAAAUUUGAUAUUUGGAAAGCUUAUGACGAGGAAGACAAUGAUGUGAAGUUCGACAUCUAGAAAUUGACUUUGUUUCUAAAUCUGUGGUUAAACCGUUGAAGGGAGUAGAUAUGACUUUCAAACAUGUGACGGAAUGAAAGAGUUAUAUCAAUUUAAAUUGACCCACUUGUAAUAUUAUUAUUCUAAGUGGGUUUAGCAAGUACUACUUUGUUGACUCGGAACCAGUCUUCUUUGACCCCUAAGAACUUCACCUUAGUCAGGGCUUAAAUGCCAGAUGUAUAAACCCCAAGUAAUACUGGUAAUAUGUUUGUGCAUAUGAUUUAAUAUCUCUCAUCUCUCAAAUUCUGUACAAGUCAUGUGCUUCUUCAAAGAAAGAAAUCCGGGGAGGUUUCUGGUCCUCCUGUGUUUCUCUCUGACCAUAACUCUCUCAUCUGGAGCCAACACCAUAUCUGCAAACCAGUCUCUGUCUGGAGACCAUACAAUCAUAUCUGAAGGUGAACAAUUCGAGCUGGGUUUCUUUAAAGCAGGUAACACUUCCAACUAUUACAUUGGCAUUUGGUAUAAGAAGCUCAAAUCCAAUCCUCUUUCCAUAGUUUGGGUGGCAAACAGAGAAACACCCAUCUCUGAUAGAUUUCGUUCAGAACUAAAAACCAUUGAUGGUAAUUUGGUGCUCUUGAAUGAGUCCAAGUCCCAGAUUUGGUCCACAAAUGUCACAACCACCACCACCACCACUUUGAACUCUGCAACAGCUGUUAUUCUUGAUAAUGGUAACUUAGUCUUGAGAGACUCCGGUUCAAAUUCAAUUGAACCUUUUUGGCAAAGUUUUGACCACCCAACUCAUACUUGGUUGCCUGGUGCUAAACUUGGUUAUGAUAAUAGAACAAAACAGAGUCAGAUUAUUAGAUCAUGGAGAAGCAACGAAGAUCCUGCUGUAGGACUAUUCUCAGUGGAGCUUCAUCCGCCAGGUAAAGAGUAUGUAAGCAAGUGGAAUGGCUUCCAACAAUAUUGGACAAGUGGGGCUUGGGAUGGGGAAGCAUUUUAUUUAGUACCGGAAACAAGGUUGGAUUACAAUUACAUAUACAGCUACCAUGAAAAUGUUAACGAGAGUUACUUCAUUUAUUCUGUGUAUGAUCCUUCCAUUAUAUCUUUAUUUAUAUUAGAUGUUUCUGGUACAAUUCAGCAAUUAGCAUGGUCGGAAAAUAAUAAAGAGUUGAAUUUAAUUUGGUUUGAACCUAAAACGCAGUGUGAGGUCUACGCAUUAUGUGGGUCUUUUGGGAUUUGCAGGCAGUCUGGAUCACCUUUUUGUAAUUGCUUGACUGGCUUCAAUCCUAGAUCAGAGAGUGAUUGGAAUCAGAGUGAUUUCUCCAGUGGAUGUGUGAGAAAAACCGAUUUGCAGUGUGGGAGAAACAUGGAAAAGCAAGAUUUUCUCAAGAUUAGAGUCAAGAAUCUGCCUCCAAAUAACUCUGUAGCAGUUGGGAGUGCUGGAGAAUGUCGUACCACCUGUUUGAAUGAUUGCUUGUGUAAUGCUUACUCUUUUGUCGCUGCUCAAUGUUUAGUUUGGGAUGGAAAUCUGUUGAACCUCUCAGAAGACGAUGGUAGUGGGAAUACAAUCUACAUUAAAGUUGCUUCUAAGGAUCUUCCUCGUCCUAAGAAGAGUAAUAAUCUGAUUGUUGUUGUUGGGGUGGUGGGAGGUGUGGUUCUUUUCUUGGUUGUAGUUUUGGUUUUAAUCUAUAGAAAAAAGAGGGUAUCAUUAUCGGUGGGAAAGACGACAAUGGAGGGUUUGCUGGUGGCGUUUGUCUACAAAGAUUUGCAAAUAGCCACCAAAAAUUUCUCGGACAAAUUGGGAGAAGGUGGUUUUGGUUCCGUUUUCAAAGGGGUACUGCUAGAUUCGUCGAUUGUGGCAGUGAAAAAGCUUGAAAGCAUCAGCCAAGGAGAGAAGCAGUUCAGGAGUGAAGUCAGCACAAUCGGUACUAUCCAACACGUUAAUCUUGUACGCCUUCGUGGGUUUUGUGCACAAGGUAACAAUAAGCUGUUAGUGUAUGAUUACAUGGCAAAUAGCUCUCUGGACACCCAUCUUUUCCAUGGAAAACAAGUUCUAAACUGGGAAACCAGGUAUCAGAUUGCACUUGGAAUUGCAAGAGGCUUGGUUUAUCUUCAUGAGAAGUGCAGAGACUGUAUCAUUCAUUGUGACAUAAAGCCAGAAAAUAUUCUUUUAGAUGCUGAAUUCUGUCCGAAAAUUGCAGAUUUUGGUCUGGCAAAGCUUGUUGGUCGAGAAUUUAGUAGGGUUUUGACGACUAUAAGAGGGACACGAGGAUAUCUAGCACCAGAAUGGUUAUCAGGGGUGGCUGUCACAGCUAAAGCAGAUGUUUAUAGCUAUGGAAAGAUGCUUUUUGAAUUAGUUUAUGGCAAGCGAAAUACAGUGCCUUGUGAAGAUUCAAGGAGUACAUUCUUCCCUAGUUUGGUUGCCGAUGUUCUUAAUGGGGGAGGUGAUAUCCUUAGUUUGCUAGACAGUAGGUUAAACGGAAAAGCUAGUGUUGAAGAAGUCACAAAAGUUUGCAAAAUUGCAUGUUGGUGUAUCCAAUAUGAGGAAGAGAGUAGACCAUCAAUGAGCCUCGUGGAACAGAUGCUUGAAGGGGUUUUGGCUGUGAACAUGCCUCCGAUACCCAAAUCUUUCACAUUAUUUGUUGAUAACCCGGAGCCUAUUAUUUUCUUCAUGGAAUCACCCUCCAAUGGGAGUUCACAGGCAGGCAACAAUUCCUCAUAAUCGAAGAGCUCAUCAUCUUGAAGGUGAUUUUCUUUAUCUUUUGUGUUUAUAUUCACACCAAACAUUGUAUUGUUGUAGAUAGGAGUCAUUGACAUUUUGUGGCAAGUUGAUCAUCGUUAAUUUGUUAUUUGUGAAAAGAAUAUAAGUUAUUUUAGAGCAAUAAUUGUUUUUCUUUGCUUUCGCAUGCCUACAACUAUGGAAAUUUGUAAAGGUAUUUAUU